CUGGAGAAUGUGGUUUUUUUUUUGCUCCUGCGGUGAAUAACAUUAGUGUAUGCCGAUGAUGUCAUUAAUGCAUGCACAGAUUCGUAGAACAAGAAAAGAAAAAACUGCGGCUUUACUGAAAAUUCCGAAAUGAAUUUCGGCGUUCCAGCAAAUUCGCUCUUGUUGUUCCGGGCUUGUGAUGAGGGCGACUAUGAGAGUGCAAAGAGCAUUCUCGAGCCUGCUGGGACUGAUUCAGGGAGACAGUCCAAAACACGCGUGGAUUCUGUCUCGGAGUGCAGUGUGGACAUUGUGCGGGGAGGACUGCCACUCGUACCCGUGGAUUGUACCGACGAAGAAGGCAACACAGCAUUGCACUUCGCGGCUGCCAGUGGACACGAGCACUUAGUGAGAUUCUUACUGAGAAAAGGGGCGUCUGUGGAUAGCCGGAAUAAUUAUGGCUGGACACCGCUAAUGCAGGCAGCUAGGUUUGGCCAUUUGAAUGUGUCUCACAUCUUGCUUGAGAAUGGGGCAGAGAUCAAUGGCAGGAAUCGCAUGGGAGCUAGUGUACUCACUAUGGCUGCUCGUGGGGGCCAUACACAUGUUGCAAAACUCCUCCUUGAGCACGGAGCAUUUGUGGAUGACUUUGACCACCUUUCUGCUGCUGAAAGAAACGUUAAUGGGAACAACAGUAACCACGGUGAUAAUGGGAAGAACUUCUUGGAUAUCACGUCUUUAUUGGUUAGCGCUCAGCAGGGUCACGAGGCGAUGGUCAGACUGCUUUUGGAGUGGGGAGCCGACGUGAACUUUUCGCAGAAGACCACGGGUUGGAGUGCACUAAUGUUGGCCACAUUGAGCGGGAAGGCUAGUAUAGCUCAGCAGCUUGUAGAGAGGGGCGCUGAUCCUGAUCACCUUAAUGUACUGUCCAAAACGGCUUUUGAAGUGGCACUGCAUCUUAAGCAAAAGGAAGUGAAGAGUUAUCUGGAUUCCAUCACCACAGUUCGUCCACAACCAGAUGAUGAGAAGAAAAGGCCUGAUGUUUUCAAUGCUUUAAAGCUAGGAAAUGCUCAACUGGUGAAAGAGAUAUUAGAGGAGGAUCCAUCUCAGGUGAACAUGGCGAAUGCAGAUGGGGCAUCGCCCUUGAUGAUUGCAGCUGUGAGUGGACUAUUGGAAGUAGUGCAGCUUCUGGUCGAGAGGAAUGCAGAUAUAGACAAACAGGAUGGGGUCCAUGGCUGGACAGCUCUUAUGCAGGCAACAUAUCAUGGGAAUAAGGAUGUGGUGAAAUACCUGCUGAGUCAAGGAGCUGAUGUAAACCUAAGAGCCAAGAAUGGCUACACAGCCUUUGACCUAGUCAUGCUAUUAAAUGAUCCAGACACUGAAUUAGUGAGACUGUUGGCUGCUGUGUGUAUGAUGGUCGAUAAAGACAAGAAUAGGCACAGAGAGAAGAUCUCCACCAAGAAACACCUGUCUCCCAGUGUACUUGUACCACCAGAUGAUAAAGGAGGCCUAAAGUCCUGGUGGAACCGCAUGUCCAAUCGUUUUCGUAGACUGAAGCUAACACACACACUGAGGCAUGGGCUCCCUCCCAAUCGCUUAGCUCCAUUCCAUGAUAACCCAGGGGUUCUGCUGGAUGCUACCAUGAAGGCAGAGAACAGAAAAGACACGAGCAGCUCUGAACCAAGUGGAGCAAUGGUUUCUCCUGCUGGAGCACCUAUGGAUGACCUCACCAUCGCCUGGACUGAUAAGAGCAAAGACAGUGGUCUGGGCAGAAACAGCAGUGACAAAGAUGACUUUCUCAUUACCACAAUGCUGAGAAAUGGCGCACCACUGACUCGCUUACCCAAUGACAAACUUAAAGCCGUUAUCCCACCCUUUCUGCCUCCAUCCAACUUUGAGCCAUGGAACUCGGACCGCUCACGAGUUUUGAAAGAGGGAGGCAAGACAAGUGAGCAGUCUCGUCUGACUAUGCCUCAGAGACCAAGCAAAGCCAACUUCAACACCAGUGGAAACUCUGAUAUUACAUCCAUAAGUCGGGUAGUGAGCAGAUCCAUGAAGUUUCCCAGUAUCAGUAAGGUCCCAUCCUCCUCCCCCUCCAACUCUGGCAACUAUAACUCACCUCACUCAUCAGGAGGAUCCAACGGAGUAGGAGGAGUCAACCGUCAUACAUCAGACUUACAUAACCGUUCAGGUGGCAGUGCAUCUGACAACGUACUGUCUCAAAUUGCUGCCCAAAGGAAAAGGGCUGCAGGCCUGCUGGAUGUCAAAACACCAACCCAUGAAUCAUCAGCCUCUACGCCGCUGCCCACUGUGCCUGACAUUAACCUGCCCAGUAUUCAAAGCAACCCCACCACUAGCCUAGUGACAAGUGACUCCAGAUGGUAUAAUGUCAGCCUCCAAGCUCCACAGAAGGUUGAUCUAAAGAAGAGGCCUCAGUCUGGGAAUUCCUCCACAUCUAAGAGUACAUCCCCCACCCUGACUCCAUCGCCAUCCCCAACUCCAAAACCUCUCAGUGGUGAAACUUUAUCUUCUGCUUCCUCCCAGCCGUGUUCUAAAAGUAGUGGUGGAUCUAGUAGUGGCACCAUCACUGAUGAAGACGAGCUUUCAGGUAUACUAAGAAAACUUUCCCUGGAGAAAUAUCAGCCCAUCUUUGAAGAACAGGAGGUAGACAUGGAGGCCUUUUUGACUCUGACUGACAGAGAUCUGCAGGAGCUAGGGAUUAAAACAGAUGGGCCUAGACAACAGAUUCUGGCAGCCAUUUCUGAACUUAACGCUGGAAAGGGAAGAGAAAGACAGAUACUGCAAGAAACUAUCCACAAUUUCCAGUCCUCUUUUGGGAGUAGUGCAAGCAACCAGCAUCCUGCAGUUUGGGCAAGACAUCAGCUGCACACCCUUAAUAAAAGGUAACGCGUUUGGCCAGAUGAAGGGUGGGAGAAUAGUGCCUUCUCACAGUGCUAUUCCUGGAACUUCUAUUUAGUGCUCUAACUUUUUCAAGAAACUCUGAAGUUCAGUUGCUAACAAGCUACUGGAGGAUCUGUCCACCUCCAAGACAAAGAACAUCCUGGUUACAUCCAAGACGGAUUGUAUCAUCAUACCCAAAGCAGCUGAAAAGUCGCAAAGGACCUCACACAUUACUCUGCAUAAGCAGUCUCAUCUAGAAUAAUGCAUGCAAACACUGAGAUAGUGUUGCAAAGUUGGAUGGCAAAUAUGAACGGUCAUUAUAAGGAACAGUCCUAGAGCGUUUUAUGAUGUCUAGGUCAUUUCUUGUUUUUGUAUUUUUAUUAUCUGAUAUGUGUAUUUUUUGCCAUCCAAAUUCAUCUUCUACCAACGUUGGUUCUGUGUACAGUUAAGUUGAGGCAUGAUGACAAAUAAGGUAUCUCAGAUGACACGAUGUACACCGGUCAGCCAUAACAUUAAAACAACCUAUCUAAUAUUGUGUAGGUUCUUCUUGUGCCGCAAAACGGCUCUGAGCUUUCGAGGCAUGGACUCCAUAAGACCUCUGAAGGUGUGCUGUGGUAUCUGGCACCAAGACAUUAGCAGCAGAUCCUUUGUCCUAUGAGUUGUGAGGUAGGACCUCCAUAGAUUGGAUUUAUUUGUCCAGCACGUACCACAGAUGCUUGAUCAGAUUGAGAUCUGGGGAAUUUGGAGGCAAAGUCAAGACCUUGAAUUCUUUGUCAUGUUCCUCAAACCAUUCCCGAACAAGGCCACUGCCAUUAGGGAAUACUAUUGCUAUGAAGGGUAGUACUUGGUCUGAAAUAACGUUUAGGUGGGUGAUACAUGGCAAAGUAACACCAGCUCUGAUGCUCACUUGCCCAGUGUAGGUGCCUUCGGCAGUGGACAGGAGUCAGUAUGUGCACUCGGACAUGUUUGUGGCUACAUAGCCCCAUGUGCAGCAAGUCGUGAUGCACGAUGUAUUUUGACACCUUUCUAUCAGAGACAGUAUGAACUUUUUCCGCAAUUUGUGCUACACUCGCUCUUCUGUGUCAUCGGAGCAGACAGGGUAGCCUUUGCUCCCCAUGCACAUCAAGGAGCCUUGGACGUCCAUGACUGUGUUACUGAGUCACUAGUUGUCCUUUCUUGGAUCACUUUUGAUAGGUACUGUUGACUGCAUGCUGGGAACACCCCACAAGACCUGCCAUUUUGAAGAUGCUCUGACAGUCAUCUCGCCAUCACAAUUUGGCCCUUUUCAAAAUCGCUCAGAUUCUUACGCUUGUCCAUUUUUCCUGCUUCCAACACAGCAACUUUGAGGACUCAGUGUUUACUUGCUGUCUAAUAUAGCCCACCCCUUGACAAAUGCAGUUGUAAUGAGGUAACCAGUAUGAUGAUAUAGACACAAGUGUUUUAGUGGGAAAUAUGCCACUCGUAUUUUUCAUACAAGCUACAUCCAGGACAUUGAGUAACAUAUUUUUUAAUAUCUUCACUCAUGAGGAAAUGGAUGAGUUGUUUUGAUAAAUUUGGGUACUUUGUUUGUGAAUGUGUCUAUAUAAUAAAAAGAACAUCACACGUUGGCUUGAAGAUAUGAAGUUUAUCUUCUUGUGUUGAAAAACUCGCAUUUUUCGUAUGAAAUACGUCAUGGAUUGGAGUGAUGUAUUUCACUCCAAUGAUGUCACUCCUGGUGUUUUCCCGCUGGGAACCCCCCCCCCCCCCCUUUUUAAAUAUGUGUCGAUAUAAUAAAGAGGAGACUGUGUAAUAUCCUCUGUAUAUUCACUUCACCUGUCAGUGAUUUUAAUGUUGUGCCUGAUUGGUGUAUGCAUUUCAGAGCCCCUGCCAAAUCAAAAUUGAGUAUGAAUUAAUAUUACAGGCUUAACAGGGCAAUUUGCAGCACCUCAAAAACAAUUUUAGAGUAUUUAGAGUCAGUAAUGAUUUUUUUUAAUCAAAUAAAAACAUUUUUAUUUGAUUUUAAAAAAACAACUCUAAAGCACUGCAGCAUUUAACCCAUCUGAAGCAGUGAACACACACGUGAGCAAUGAGCACACACCCAGAGCAGUGGGCAGCUGUGACAAAUGAUACCAGAGACGGGUGUUAUUGGGUUAUUAUUGGAUAGGUUUUUUUUUUGUUUGUUUGUUUGUUUGUUUGUUUGUUGUUUUUAAUUAAAAACAAGUGUAUAUACAAACAAAUGAGAGAAAUGGUGUUACCAGUGGAGAACAUGCACAGGCAGUAACCUGAGUUAGGAGCCAACAUGACCUGCUGCGAUACUGUACUGCCUAACAUAGGCCAAGUUUACAUUAGACCGUAUCUGUCUCGUUUUCUUCGCGGAUGCACUGUCCGUUUACAUUAAAACGCCGGGAAACGGGAAUCCACCAGGGUCCACGUAUUCAAUCUAGAUCGUGUCUGGUCCGGUGCUGUGUAAACAUUGAGGAUACGCGGAUACGCUGUGCUGAGCUCUAGCUGGCGUCGUCAUUGGACAACGUCACUGUGACAUCCACCUUCCUGAUUCGCUGGCGUUGGUCAUGUGACGCGACUGCUGAAAAACGGCGCGGACUUCCGCCUUGUAUCACCUUUCAUUAAAGAGUAUAAAAGUAUGAAAAUACUGCAAAUACUGAUGCAAAUACUGCGCAUUGUGUAGUUAUGAUUGUCUUUAGGCUUGCCAUCCUUCCACUUGCAAGUGGUAAGUGAUAUGCACUGAGAUCACACACACAGCGGCUCAGUCCCGAAUCAUUGCUUGUGCACUUCACUCGCACGCUCUGUGAGCUGCGCAGGGCCGGAGUGCGCACCCUCCAGAGGGCACUCGCUGUUCAGGGCGGAGUGAUUUGGAGCGCAGGAUGCCUGCGGAGCCGAGCGUAUCCGUGUAUUGGUGUUGCUGUGUGCACGCGAAUCGUGUAUUGGUGUUGCUGUGUGCACACUAAUCGUUUUAAAAACGUUAAUCUGAUGAUCCGCUGAUACGGUCUAAUGUAAACUUGGCCAUAGACUAAUACACAUAUUGAGAAUUUUAGAACAGGCCCUGUUUUCAGCUGUAAGGAGAAUAAUGAAGCCUGGAAUUAGGAAAAUGAUGCUUCAUGUAUUGUAGAUGCAUGUAUUAAUAUGUACAAGCUGCAAGAUAAGAAUCCAUACUCUUUCGCAAAGCAGUAGUAUAACUGCCAACAGUCAAUCAUAUGGCUUCUAGAGUAAUCGCCAAAUACUGUUUGUGUUUUGUUAAAUCAUGGUUCUAUGAAAUGAUUUUAAUUUUAUGAUGUGAACUUUGUGUAUAAUUAGCCCAUGUAAAGUGCAAUAUGUACACUGCAUAAAAAGUUU